UGUAAGGGGGCGGACGGUGCUAGCCUUUAGGAGCGACCGCGCACGUGCUUAUGUUUAUAAACACAGACGUCAACGCACUGAUAACAUCAAGUCAGACAAAGAUACGUAGUUGAUGAGUGCUUCGCGAACGUUUCUUUAUUUUAGGAUUUUUGAUGCAGUGAAUGACAUUAGUACAUCAGGAAUUGUACAGAUAUAAUAAGAAUGGUGACUCGCAGCAGUAUACACACUUCUUGCCUCCUGAUGACGCGGCUGGCUGCCAUAUGGUCGACCCUCCCGCCGUCAGUAGUGUCGCCGUCGCCCGUCAUGCACCGCGCGCCAGGCAACACUAUGUCUACACACGCACAAGUCACGCCAUCCGGCCAGACUAAACCGCUUCUGCCUAGUAUCAACAAUGUUACAGUCGCACCAAACAUACACCAUGAACACGAUGAACAAUUGAAACCUACAACUCGGAAUUUUAAGAGUGUUCUUCAGGGAAGAACACUCAGUAAUAAUGCCCUAGAAGGGAUUAGUAGACCUAAUAAUCAAUCAAACGUCACAAAUUCAAGAGAAUCAGAAAAUGACACCCUGACUGAAGCCUACACAUACAGCACAGAUUACAGCGACACUGUAAGCAACACUACGGAAGACUGGUACAGUUGGAACGACACCUUUACAGAUAACAGCACUGAUGUCUUCAAGGUGUAUUCCAAGAUCUACAGGUAUCAAAUGAUCAAGGUGGGUGUGUUGUGCACUGUGAUGUCCGUCAUCAUCCUCUCCACCUGCAAGAUGCUGCUUCAGGUCUUUGCACAAUAUGCAGGCAGGGAGAAAUUACCGGACGAAAUAUGAGUUCUGCUUUGGAUGAUUCUUUAUGUAUAUGUGGGGAGAGAAGAUCCCCGGUAACAUGAACACUGCUGAGAGUGCCUGCUGUUUAUGUGUGGUAGAGAAACCCCACAAUGUUAUCACUGCUGAGACUGCCUGCUGUUUAUGUGAGCAGAGAAACCUUCCAAGGCAUGUGAUCACUGCUGAGAGGAGCUGGCACUAAACGCGGUCAGACAUGAUAACUGUGCUCCAGGUUACAAGUAAGUCUGUGGUUAACAUGAAAACUGACUGCUGCGACUGUCAUCUCUGUGUAGCCUCAUGUUGACUGGGUAAGUCCAUAGGUGUCAUUGGAACAGAACGGUGAUUGAUUCUAUGUUAACUGUGGAAGGAAUAAUCCUUGGUUAACAUGCAGCAAAGACAUUUCGAUGACGUGUACACACUCGUGAUAUUCAACUACAUCAGAACUUGUAAUUAUGCUUUUAUAUUCUAGUAGGGGGAUGAGUCCCUGUUAGAAAUACUUCGGCUCAUUUACUAUAGGCUCAAGAAAUACGUAUGCAGAAAGGGGGCACUAGCCGAAAAAUUAGCUGGUGGAUGAGAAAGCCCAUUUAUGCAACCGAAGGAUAAAGACUCGAUACAAAGUGGAGUUUUCAAUAACGGAUCAUGUUAUAUUUAGUAUCAGAACUGAGUCAUGUAAUGGUUUUAAUGUUCGUGGGAGUAACAUUUCAUUCUUAUUUCCAACUAACAAAUUUAUGCGAUGACAGCUACGGAAAAAGAGAAUAUCAGUAUGGUUUUUCUGAGCACAAUUCUCUUAAUUUUCUGUUAGAAUGGAGAAAAAAGUGAAUUAUUCAAUUAAAGGUCAGCUCUUGGUAAAUAUACCCCCCCCCCCAUAAUCCCCGGGAACAGAACUCAUCACCCCAUCCUUCUCCCCCCCCCCCCUUAUCCAUCCCACGAACCAAACCAAUAAACAUUCUUUCCUUGCUUAGCUAAAUGAAUUGUGGAGUUCAGUCCCUGAGCCCAUUAUGUGCCUCUGUAACUCUUUCCACUACCUCCCACAAGAUGGGUAUGGGGUGCAUAAUAAAUGAAUUAACCUACCCCCCCCCCCUUCCUUGGCUUGGCGCUUUUCCCCUGAUAAUUCCCUCCCUACCCCCACUACCUCCCAGAAAAUAAAAUAUCCGCCAGGAACGUUCGCGGUGAAUUUAUUUUCUGAUAACAAUGAUGAGAAUGCACAAGUCAGAAUGUGUUGGCAACACUGCCUGUUUGUUUAUGCACCAGCAACUGUUCAUGGCAUCAGCUGGUUAAUAUUGAUAUAGAACAAAAUCAUGAACAAUUGGAGAUGUACGUGAUCUAUUAUUCGAGACGGAAUACUAGAGCAUGUUAUUAAUUAUUAAAUUAAAUUGAAAUGAAAACAAAGUCAUCAGUAACGUUGACUCGGUCUACUCUUCACAAUCACACGUUUAAGGUAAACGUCGAUAGAUUUACAAUAAGUCGCGUUUAACCUUCAUGAUUUAUGUUAUGAUUGCGGCCUUUUAGGAUUCAGUUGAAAUCGUCAGACUAAGUGAACAUAAACUUAUGUGAUUAUGCUGGUAACAAACGGGUCAUGCUGGGGGAGUGGCCCAGCUUGGAUUUCUUUGUUUUAUAUAUUUCUAAAUUAUAUGUAUAUAUAUUUUUUUCUUUGAUUGAUUGAUGAAGAUUAAGCCACCCAAAAGGUGGCACGGGCAUGAAUAGCCCGUAAGUGGUGGCCCUUUUGAGCCAUUACCAGUACCAAGAGCUGAUACUGGAGAUCUGUGGAGGUGCGGCUGCACCCUGCGUGACGGGAGAUGUCUCCCGUGUGUGUUUUUUUCUUUGUGAUACGUAUACUUAUAUAUCUUCAACCGGAGGUGAGGUGAAGCACUUCACUAUGGGCCAAUAGGUUCACUGCAGCUUACCAAUCUCCUAUAUUUCAGAGAUGCCUGGGGCAUAUUGGAUAUUUCAUCGUGUUAUCGAAAACGGCAGAGGAUAACAAGGUGUUACUACCCACAGGAUGGGUAUAGGGUGCAUAAUAAAUGCACUAGGCUACCUGUAUCCAGAGGUUGAAAUUUAAAUUGAAACUGAAAUAAGUUUGCUCAAGUAAAAUACACACAAAGGGAUGAGGUAGCUCAAGCUAUUCUCACCCCGUUCAGUACAUCGUGUUAAUACAUACAUAUACACACAUCACAAACAAUAAACAUAUUACCAAACAUUCUGAGAGAUAAACAUCUAUAUUUCCUAGUAUCCAGAGGUGAUGUACUGCUUCAUCUCCCCUCCGUCUGACACCAUCAUUCACUAGUGUCAUAAUCUGCCCAUCCCUAUCCUAUGCCUAUGAAAAUUCCCAAAUUAUUUGCCACAUAUAAGGUUGCUUCUGCCUUACUUGGGAAUGUAACUAUGAAGGUGCUACGUACAAUAUAUAUAUGCAAUAUUUUCCACAUUCCCAGAUGAGAAUGUAGAGCACAUUAAGGACCGUUGUACAUAUAAACAUCCAAUACUCAAGGCGAUGAGUCACAAUAACGUGACUGAAGUAUUUUUAUUUUUCUGGAAACGUUGUUGUCCCUUCAUCUUCUAGUGUGUGGAUUGGUCAACAUCCAAUACUCAACUUUGUCACGUUUGUUUAUAGUCUUUUUUGGUCAAGAAAUUUAGGUUGUGUAGUCCAUCUUUAUAUAUAUAACUGGCUCUGAACACUUUGAAUAUAUUAUUUUGUUAUUUAUAUGUCCAUUUUAUGAGUAGUUUAAUCAUACAUAAAAUAAAUAAUAAUAUUGAAUUCGUGAUUUAGGUAAUACAUCACACAAGUUGUUACACAUGUGGUGAUAAGGGUAAGGUAAUCAUGAGUAAAAAGCACUAAUCAAUGGUGUAAUAAUUACUUGAAAUAAUUAGAGAGAGAGAGAGUUGUCUUAUUCGAGGUCUUCACGAGUAAAGUCAUAAGUCUUUGUCAUAAGAACAGGUACUAACAACAGUACUGUUGUUAACAGUUGAGUCUCCACGCUCGGCACUUCCCCAUCGCGAGCAAGUGGUGCUGGAACGUUGCUCACACCAGAUGAAAACAGUUGUCCAAACCAUACACUAGUAAGUGAAGGGACGACGACGUUUCGGUCCGUCCUCGACCAUUCUCAAGUAAUAAUAAUAAUAAUAAUAAUAAUAAUAAUAAU